AUGGUUUGAGAUCAAAUCCAACAUGUCUGUCUUCGAGUAAUCGAAGUUGGUGAGGCCUGCCAGUCCCUUCAACACCAGCGACAUCAAGUCGUAGGCUCUGGCCGCUUCUUGCUCGGUCAUGUACGAGUGGAUGUAGGUCUUCCUGUCAAAGAUGUCGAUGAGGGCCUGCCACUUCGAGUGGUUCUUGAACACUCCGGUGAAGCGAGACCUUCUGGUGCUGGCUUGUCUGUUCAGAGAGCGGGCAACUUUGCGUCUCCCCCUCACAAUAGUACGAGCUGGGUCAUCAACAGCAUCGAGUUGUCUGUGAAGGAUGGCAUAUCUGGAUCUGAGGAAGGCAGUUCUGUGCUCAGGUGAGACUCUGGGAGCUCUACGACCUCUUGUGGAUGUAGAUAUUUCGAUUCUUUCUUUUAUUUCUUCCUGAGUGUCAACCUGAUUUAUAUUUUCAAAUGAAUUACAUUGCUGUUCAUAGAUAUGACGUUUCAGCUCUUCUUCACAGCUGCAGUAAGCUUGCAUCAAUUGGUUCAGGUCAGGCCAAGAACUUUGAGAUAACAGUGGUGGCUCAGAGACAUACAUCACUUGUAUUUCUUGGGUUGGACCAUUCCCACUAAAAAGCAAUCCUCUAUUGUUGUU